UGCAGAAGGAUCUUCAGUGGAGAGGUCAAUCUUCCGAAAGCUUCACACAAGAUAUCAACUAUGCCGAAGAUCUUGAUCCUCCCAGCGCUGCUUGUUUUGCUUAUGCCUCUUCUCAUACAAGCACAAGAGGAGCUAAGUGGGGACAAAUCUGAGGAAUCUGGUGCCUUUGAAUCUGGGCAAGCAAGUGGGGAGCUUAGCGGAGAAGCAAGUGGUGAAUCUAGUGGACAAGUCAGUGGAGAGCUAGGCUGGGAGCCCAAUGGGCAAUCUAUGGGUCAAUCCAGCCUCCCCGAGGAAAGCAGUGGAAGUGGAUCUGAGCCCUCAUAUGAAAUAGAUUGAGAUGGAUGAAACGUCCCACCCACUCCCUUUACAUCAUCAGCUGCAUUGAAGGAAAAUUCAAGACUCAAAAUGAGAAGCACAACAUCACCCUUGAGAAAUGAGUGUGUAGAGCAUUAGCAAGAGUGCUGUUGAGUUUGUUAAAUUUCUAACAUUUGUGAUUAUUCUCUUAAUAAAGUAUUUAGGGUGCAUUAUAUUCUGAAAAGUGACUGUAAAAAUGGUUACUUUUCAUUCAGUAGCUCUGCUGUGUGCAUGUAUCAAACUCAGAGUGACUGACUUUAGUGACUAAAAUAUGUUUUUUGUGUGUUCAUCCUGAAGAGCCAUCACAGUUCAGAGAGAAGAAGCUGGAGUCUAUGCCUUCUUCUGCAUCAUCCACAGAAUUAUUUACUGAAGUCUGGUUACACCUGUGCAAAGCCAUUGAUGGGAAUGGGACUGCACAAGUGUUACUGAGGGCAGAAUUUGGCCUGGAGUGCUUUUACUAUUGGUGUUGAUGUAUGGGAAAAAAAGAACCCUGCUUGAUUCUUGGAGCUCAAGCUGAGUUUAGAGUCAGCAGGUAGAAAAAACAACAUUUUUAUUUUUAUUAAUUUGAUCUGGAGUCCCAGAAAGAUUAUAUGCAUGGAGCCCCACAAUGCCAUUUAUACAGUCACUUUUCAAAAUAUGACUAUCAUCCAAGCUGUGAUGAAUUGGAGGGAUCUAUUGAGAGGUGAUGUGCAAUAAUUAAACUGUGACCUCUGAGAAUUCUCCAAGCAGGUGAACAUUCUGCCAUUCUCUCAACUAAGAUCUAUCCCUUGCUAAUAUAACGAUCACUGUACAUAAAAAAUGAUGACAUUAAAAUGCUGAUAGUGUGGCUCUCUAUUGCAGCAGCAGAUCACAUCCUCUCCUUGCCUACAUGAUGUUUUUUUUAAUUCUUUCACUUCAUGAUCUUACACACUAGCAACAGUACUGCAUAUUACAAUCUAACAAUAAAUAAAGCCCAUAGUUGGGACAUAAGUGAUGUACAUGUGAUGCUAGUCAACCCUAUUAAUGAUUGGCGAACAAUUUUUUUGAUCUACUUGCCUUGAGAGUCCAUUCCACAGCCUAAUACAUCUCACCAUCAGGAAGCUUUUCCAGAUGGCCAACCUAAAAUUGCUUUUUAUCCUUCUUUCAUAAGACAGUCUCUCCAGCCCAUUAACUUCUAGUGCUGGGAACUUGUCCUGCCUUCCUUCCACAUCCUGAGCUCCCAAAACCCUCUACAACUGCAGGGUCACACAGUUCUCUCCCCCUUUCUCUCCCAGUCUCAGUUUCUUGCUUCCCACCAGUAUCCAGUCUCAGAAUGUCCGUCUGUCCCCCGGCCACGCCACAGGCACCUUGUCCCAAUCUACUCUCCUCCUCUCAUCUCGAUCUGAUUCUUGUCUCUUCAACUAUUCAAUUCAGGUGGUUUCCUUUCUGCACUGCCUAGGCCCACAGGGGAAGACAGUCUCCCUGGGACAGAGUGCCAGGAGUGAACAGAUGAGCCUGUACUCUGACUGUGACGCUGGCCAAGCCCCAGGUCUUAUUAGAUGGGAGGAGGGAUAGCUCAGUGGUUUGAGCAUUAGCCUG